AUAAAUUUAUUACUGAUUUGUUUAUUUUUGUCACGACAAGAUGUAGUAAAUACUCAGUCUGAAGAAAGGUAUAUUUCAGGAAACAGAUUGACCAGGAAAUGGAAUACCAAAGGUUGAUUGAUAAUCAGGACGACAGAGAUGUAGAGGAGACUGGUUCAGAGACAUUGUAUGAGGAUGCUUUAAAACAGACAGGGUACGGGCGAUUUCAUUGGCUGGUCCUGUUUCUCUGUGGUUGGGCCGUGUCCAGUGAUGCCAUUGAGGUUCUCUCUGUAUCCUUCAUGUUGCCCUCUGCACAAAAAGACCUUGACAUGUCCUCGGUGGACAAGGGCUGGCUCAAUGCCAUUAUUUUCGUUGGAAUGAUGAUUGGGGGCUACUUUUGGGGCUCGCUGGCGGAUCGUCACGGCCGACGUACUGUUUUACUGGGCUCUCUGACGGUGAAUGGACUGGGAGGCCUAGUCUCCAGUACAUCACAAGUGUUCUGGCUGUUCCUGUUGGCCAGGUUUAUUAGUGGCAUAGGGGUAGGAGGGAGCAUACCUGUGAUAUUCUCAUAUUUCACUGAAUUCCAACCAAAAGACAGACGUGGCAAAAUGAUCAGUGCUCUCGCCACUUUCUGGAUGUUUGGCAAUAUCAUAGCAGCUGGUUUGGCCUGGUCAGUAAUUCCCAGAGAUAUAGGUUACCACAGUGCCAGUUUUAAGUACAACAGUUGGAGGAUCUUUGUGGCUCUGUGCACCAUCCCUAGUCUUACCUCUGCUGUCUUCUUUGUAUUCAUGCCAGAGAGCCCAAAGUUCCUUCUUACUAUUGGGCAAAAUAGGAAAGCUUUAUCUGUACUGAAGUUCAUUCACAAGAAAAACAACCAGCCCUCAAGUUAUAAAGUGACUUCCUUAGUACUAGAUCCAGAUCACAGACCAAUACAUCUCACUCACCAGGACACAGGUUGUGUGUCCAGCAUAUCCAGAAAUCUCAAAAGUCUGGCCUCUAUAUCGGGUGAGCUGUUUAGGCCUCCACUGCUCAGAUCAUCAGUCAUCAUGCUCAUCAUCAACUUCACGCUCAGCUUUGGUUACUACGGGUUGUGGAUGUGGUUCCCAGAACUUUUCAGUCGGGUGGAGAAGUACGGUGGCUCCCCCUGUGAUCAUCAUGUGGGGCCACCUAACAGGACAACCAACUCCACAGGUGCCAUGGACAAGGACUGGAUCUACUUCUCUGGCUUCCUGACAGCUUUGUCCAAUCUCCCGGGGAACCUGUUGACAAUAUACCUUAUGGAUCAACUGGGAAGGAAGCUACUGCUGUCCAGUAGCAUGGUGGCGUCAGGUGUCUGUGUGUUCUUCAUCCCGCUGGUACGGGACAAAUGGCAGAACCUGGGGGUGUCCUGUCUGUUUGGGGCGGUGUCUACUGUGGGCUGGAACGCCCUGGACGUCCUGUCCACUGAACUGUUCCCCACCAAUGUCAGGUCAACAUCUAUGGGUAUUCAAACAGGAGUAGGUAGAAUAGCUGCUAUUUUUGGAAAUGUCAUCUUUGGAGAGUUGGUGGACGUACAUUGUUCCAUUCCCAUGAUUCUAGUUUCAGGUUUACUAGUGUUUGGGGGAUUGACCUCAAUUCGACUCCCAAGUACUGUCAGGACAGACAUACACUAAUUUAAUCUGUCUUAAUUCUUAUUUUAUUCACUCAUUCUAUCUCUCAAUCCCAUUUUAUUUAGAUUGUUGGAAUAAACACUAUUUUAAUCUGUCAGUACCAUGGUACGUGUACUCAGUCUUACCAAUUCAAUCUGUCUAUUCUACCAUGUAGAAUUGGGCAUAUGUUCACUAAUUCAAUCUGUCUAUCCUUUGUGCAGACUUCCUUGACAAAUCAUACUAAUUUAAUCUGUUUAUCUUUAGAGAACUCUAUGAUAAACUGUUUAAUUUAUUCUGCAUAUCAAAUUAUUUUGUCUGUAAAAGUACAUAUGUACUACACUUAUAAGUUGUGUGUAUUUUAAGGAUGGGUCUAAUUAACAAUGGUUUAGAUAUAUUUUUUCUGUGAAGUGUGGACAUGCAGUGUAAGUAGACCUCCACAUAGCCUCACCAAGUGACCUUAUUACAGUCUCGUCAUUGCGGCACUAUGUUGGUUUUAUCUUAGAAACUUUUUUAUACACAUUAUUACAUUUUGAGAUGUAUUUAUAUUGUUUUUUUGUAUCAUGGCCUGAAUUUUAAUAGUCUUGUUUAAAAAUUUAAAACGGUUGACUUCCGUAAAGGACGUCAAAAUGUCAAACGUUGAACAAUAUCCAAACCAGAAAGAAAAACAUUAUAGAUAUAAUCAGAAUCCUUUGUAAUGAUAUUCAUACACUGCUAUCAUGUGUUUUAAACAGUUCAAGAAUGCAUCGUGCUCAUUUUGUGGUACUGGUACUUUUCAUUAAAAAAAAAACCCUUCCGUGAUUCAUAGUGAAAAAUGUAAUUGACCAACUAAGACAGUAAAUGCAGAUCAUAAUUAUUAUAAAAGAUCUACACAGAGAAUAGCAGUACCAAAAAACAAAUUUUACAAUAUACUUUUACAGAGUGGAGAGAAAAUAUUAAUAUAAGGAAAAGAAUCACUUAUUAUUGAAGGUAGAUGGCGUUUCUCUGUGGAUUAUUGUGUACCUGUUGAGUAUGUUGACAUUUGUAUUAUUAUUUAAAUCAAUCUCUACCUAAAUACCUCUAUAAUUGUUUGUUUUAUUAAUUUUCAAAUAAAAAUAUUUUGAGAAUA